AUGGAACUCUUGUGUGUCUUGGAGAUUGUUGAAGAAGCCAUCGUGAAACACCAUUGUCGCCAUGAUUUAGUUGUCAUUUUUGGCUCACAUACAGAUGGUUUUGGCUCAUGUUCAGAAUUUGGAGUUACAAUAAUGGAAAUUAACGGUUUGUGUGGGUUGAGGUUUAGCAGAUGCGGCACUAAGGGUUUAGCCGGUAUGAUACUUUGGAUCUCUUUGGGUGCCAGAGAGGAUGUGAAGCGGUGA